AUGGCCGAGAGACCUGACUCUGAGCGCGCCGAAGCGCGGGCCAGGCGCGUCGACCUCAGCAUAAACCGCCUCAUUGCGCAGUUCAUUCCGCGUGACGACUCCCUCGAUGAGGAAGCCGCUCAACAGCGCCACGACGAAUAUUAUGAGCGCAUCCGCCAGGAGCUCCAGCGGCCUUCCUCGGUGCCUCUCUCCGACCACAACCACGCUUCUGACCUAAUCAAACGCCGGCUGGUGCAGAAUAACCCCAGCCAGGCCUUGCGGUACUCCAAUCUCUACUCACGACUGCUCAGCCUGCCUGUCCUCGACCAGAAAUGGGCAAUCUUGUCUCUUCUCAACCAGCUAGCCGACUCACCCGAUCCCAACGACCCCGACCCGGCCGCUUAUGCCGAGUACCAGCAAGAAAUUGCCCAAGAGCGGCGGCGGCAGCUUGCGCACUUUGACGCGCACAGCCCACGCGAGGCCAAGAGCCCUGCAGUCCGCGAUAGUGCCCCAUCAGCAGAAGAAUACCGACCGACCGAGCUCAAGGACGUGCUCAGGAACCCACGGGAGCGAAAUGUGAUGGACGCCCUCCCGCCGAGGAGCUCGAGAAACAACCCUCCAACGCCUGAUCUGGGACAAGCGAAGCCCACCGACGGCGAGCCAGUGAAAAGACCUGUUGCCAUUCGGUCGAAGAUGCUCGCUGACAAUUACGUCGAGAUGGAACCUUCUGAGCCUGUUCUACUACGAGACCUCCCGUUCACGCUCCAAGGCUUGUCGUCUAGCACAUUGCCGUUUGGUACCGGAUAUUCUAUCAGAAUACCACCGACACUUCCACCACCUCUAGUUGGCAUCCUCCACACUCUUGCAGAGCCAUCAUUACUUUAUCGCACGCUUGAGGAUUUCGUCAACAAUUCCACGGAAGGACUUUUGGCGCAGAGCCUACGGGCCGCCAUUGGCAAUGAGUUGCGCUCAUACCUGACAUUGAUCGCCACCAUAGAAGGGCAGGUUCGCCGCUCUUUAUCAUCGCUUGACGAGGACGCCCCACGUAGUGGAAUCGGUAAGGCCGGCGUUACCUUGAAACGUUGUGUCGUGUGGACGCGCGAAGCGACGAUGGGCCUGCGACUCAUGAGCUUGGUUGCCGAAGAGUCCAAGAAGCAGAAAGGAGGCCAGCUUAUCACACUGAUCCACAAGUUCUCCGCGUCACAUGGUGAUCCCAUCGUAGGCGCAUUUGCGGAGAGGCUGCUGACGCCCGUGACGCAUCCUUUUUACAAUAUUCUGCGGCACUGGAUAUACGAUGGCGAGCUCACAGACCCCUACCUGGAGUUCUUUGUGCAAGAGCGCAAUCGUCUCCCGGAUCAAAAGACCCAGGCUGGCUCGAAUGUCUGGGAGGAUAAAUACCACCUCGAGGAGAAGAUGAUCCCAUCAAUCAUUACCACAGACUUUGCCGAAAAGGUAUUCCUCAUUGGGAAAUCUCUCAAUUUUAUACGACACAGCUGCGGCGACGCUCAAUGGGUAGAAUCAUACUCAAAGCAGUCGUCCAAAGAGCUGAGAUAUGGAGAUACAGCCACGUUAGAGGCAUGGAUCGAUGAGGCUUACAAGACAACAAUGCGGCGCUUGUUGCAUCUUAUGACUGAAAAGUUCCACCUAUUCGAGCAUCUUCAAGCUCUCAAGGACUACAUCCUCCUUGGCCAAGGCGAUUUUAUCGCUUUGCUCAUGGAGUCACUCGCAACCAAUCUCGACCGGCCUGCUGGUGCGCAAUACAGGCACACGUUGACUGCUCAGCUUGAGCAUGCGAUUCGCGGCUCGAAUGCGCAGUACGACUCACCAGAAGUUUUGAGACGUCUCGACGCUCGCAUGCUCCAGCUCUCUCACGGUGAUAUUGGUUGGGAUUGCUUCACUCUCGAAUACAAAAUCGAUGCACCCGUAGAUGUUGUCAUUUCCACGUGGGGCACACGGCAAUAUCUGAAGGUCUUCAACUUUCUCUGGCGUGUCAAGCGUGUCGAGUUCGCCCUCUCGUCCACCUGGCGCAAGGUAACGACAGGGUCCCGAGGUGUCCUACAAGCCCGCCACCAUCUCGUACAGAGCACGUGGAAGACUUCUCGUGGCAUACUGGCAGAGAUGGUCCAUUUUGUGGGUCAGCUACAGUACUACAUCUUGUUCGAGGUUAUCGAGAGCUCUUGGACCGAACUGCAAAACAAGAUCCGCAGCGAUGAUGUGACGCUCGACGACAUUAUCAAGGCGCACGCGAAAUAUCUCAACUCGAUCACCCAUAAAGGUCUCCUGGGGGUGCGCCGCCAACGGUUCGCUAAUCAAAAUCCGUCUGGUGCGGGUGGGGGAGCCGCCACGUCUAGCAAGGAGGAUGAAAACAGCUACAUGAUCCAGCUGGGAGACAUGCUACGCAUCAUGCUCGCCUACCGCGAUUGCGUCGAUGGUUUGUACUCGUGGUCUGUGUCAGACUUUACGAGACGUCAGGAGGCAGAACUCCUGACCACGGGGGGGCCUACGAAGAGGCGCCCGACCGCAACCCAGCGCCGUGCAGGACAAACAUCGAGAGGCAAUGACCACGCCGGGGACGACGAAGGCGACGACGAAGAGGUCCCUGGCGGCCCGGACAGCGAGUUCCCCGCGCUCAAAGAUCGCCUCAAGCAUCUCGGUGACCGAUUCCGGACCAAGCUGCAGAUCCUGCUAGGCGACUUGCUGCAGCAGACCGACCAGGACCUGCGCUUCCUGGGCGUCAGCAUGAACUUCAACGACGUGUACCAGCCGGUCAAGAUCAAGGCUAGGAGCACCCCGUCUGUACCGGCCGCUGGGGCGUCGACCAGUGCUGCUCACGCUGCGAAUUCUGCUGCGGCGUCAUGA